AAAAAAAAAAAAAAAAAAAAAAAAGAGAGAGAGAGAUUAAAAGAAGAAGAACGGGGGGAAAUGGUUAGCGACCAAAUCGUUCUACAACCUCCUGAGCGCUCUGGCCGUGCUGUGGCUGUGUCACUGCCGUGCACGUGUGGGUGCGUGUGCGCCUACAGCCGCUGCCCCUCUCACGCACACGCACACCCUGGCACCGAGAUGGGAAAGUUCCUCCUAGGACCGCCGACGGAAAGUUUCGCUUUCCCCCCCUCGGCCCCUCCAGGCUCAAGCUGGGCGCCCCGCUCCCCGCCACCACCGGAGCCGGCGGCCCCCCCCGUUGAGGAGCCGGGUCGCUGCCCGUCCCCGGCGGGGCUACAGGGGGACAGCCCCUCUCCCACCGACGGGUGCUGCUGCUGGGGUCGCCCCCUGCUCGCCCCCCGCCCCGGCUGCGCUCCCGCCCCCUGGGCUCGACCCCGCCGAUGGGGCCAAAUCGGGGCCGGGGGGGUCCCGGGAGGGCUGGAGCCCAGACCCCCGCCGCUGCCGGCUGCCUGCCCGGAGCCCCCGGCACGGCGGUGGGCUUGCGGCGCGGGGGGCACGCAGCGUAACGCUGGGGAAGGAGGCGCGGAUUUGGGGAGGGGGGAGUGGAAGGAGAAAAGUUCUUGCAACUCGCAACCCCCGCCCCCCUCCUUCUGAACCCCCUCCCCCGAAUUAAUGAUCGGCCGCUGCGGCGUUCGCCUCGGGAUGCUCUCGCAGAGGGAGAGAAUUUGGGAACUGCGAGUCCUCGGGCAGGAGCAGCCCUCGCAGGGCUGAAACAAGCGAGCACCCAGCCCCAGCGCCAGUCCCGGUCCCGGUACUUGCUGGGACUUUGCCGGGGCUGUGGGGGCGCUUCCCCCGGCACCCCCCGAGCCCCGCAGCGGGGUGUCUCCGAGUUGUGUUCCAGCCUCCCCCCCUCCGCAGCCCGGAGCCACCCGCCGUGCCGAGCCGUGCUAUGCCGUGCAGUGCCAUGCCGUGUCGGCUCGGCCGGCAGCCGCUCCAGCCCCAAGUUCACGCGUUGCUCGAUCGCCGGCUUCGGCUGCUGCGGAUUUCCCCAGAGCAGCAGCGGCAGCACCGGGGCCGGGCGUCGCUGCCCCUGCCUCCGGCCGCGCUGCCGCCGGCGAGAAGCGCAUCCUCACGGGCUGCGAUAAAUUAUUUAGGCUUUCUGCUUCCUAAUUUUUGACUUCGAGGGGGAGGAGGGAGAAAGGAAGAAGGAGUUGAUCCUAAUCGCAGCCCGGCCCUUUCUGCUCGCCGAGCCUGUCCAACACUUGUAAAUACUUAUGCGGCGGCCGGUCCCUGCUUGCCGGCAGGGCUGGGCAGCGCUGGCUGCUCGCAGCGCGCACCGCUCCGGGUCGCGCCCGGUGUGUUGUCGUCGCGCUGUGCCGCCGGGGUGACACUGACGGAUGCGCCAAUGGUGAGACGGACAGAUGUUAGGGCGGAUCCAGCGGCGGGCGCUGCCACGGCGGCGGAGCCCAGCCCGCAGCGGGCCCGAGGCGCCGCCGCCCGGUGCCGGAGCGGGUCCCGGUGCCGGUCCCGGGGCGAGCAGCACGCACGCACCCACAGCCGGGCGUUUUGGGGAGGGGGUAGCGGCUCCGGGUCGGCUAAAAAGCAGAUCUGAUCGCUUCCUCUGCGAGCAGACCCUGUAACUGUGAGGAGAAACCAGCGAGUAUCAAUGAGACGGAACUGAGCGAAUUUGGCAGCAGAAGCGGCAUCUGACAACUCACCAUUUUCGCCUCUGCAAGAAACGUUUCGUUUUCCCCCAAGAGUAGCAAUUUCCCGGGGACUUCAGGCGACUGCGAUUUUUUUAAUUUAUUUUUUUAAUCCUUUAGAUCAGCUUAAAAAAAAUCGGCUCGUAACAAUAAUAAUUAAAAAAAAAAGCCAAACCUUCUCCACCCUUGACGCAAAGUGUUUGAAUUUCCUGCAACUUGAAAAGGAAACGCGGGAGCGGCGGCUCUGCGAUGCGAGGACGCAACAACAUCUGCACUUAGUCAGCUUCGCCUGUUGCCGCCGCCGCUUCCAGCGCCGGAGACAGCGAGUGGAGAGCGCAGGCUGGAGCCGCGCCGACUCCUGCCGAGAAAUGCCCGUCUUUAUGCCGUGAUCUCCCAGCCCGGCCAGGCACCGGGGGCGUAGGGCGGGGUGGGGGGGACUGCGGGCUCUCCCCAGCCCUCCCGCCCGCGCACCUCUUCGGGGGGCUUCCCCUCCUCCUUCCUCCGGGGCGAUUUGUCAAACUUCCCCUCUCUUCUGCCAGCAGCAGCAGCAGGGCUGUCCUCUUCUCUGUGCCGCCUCCUCCGCCGCCGCCGCCGCCUCCUCCUCCUCCACCUCCUCCUCCUCCUCCUCGGCAUCGUGCAUGCACGGCAACAAAAAAUAUAUCCCCAACCCAGCCCUCGAGCCGAGACUGGAGCAGCUCAGCGGAUCUCUGGGCUGAGGCAACUCUUCCCACCCCCGCGCCGAGGCAGCCCCCCCCCGCCGGCGGCCGCCGGAGCCCCGCGAUGCCGAGGAGGAAGCAGCAGGCGCCCCGGCGCGCAGCAGCCUAUGUUUCAGACGAACUAAAAGCAGCAGCAUUGGUGGAAGAAGAUGUGGAACCUGAUGAAAACACAGUUGAUGGGGAGCCUUCAGCAAAAUAUAUGUGUCCAGAAAAAGACUUCAGUAAGAACUGCCAAAGCUACCAAAAUUCUCCAGCUGCUGAAUUUUCUAGCCAUGAAAUGGACAGUGAGUCACACAUCAGUGAGACAAGUGACCGCAUGGCAGACUUUGAGAGCAGUUCUAUUAAAAAUGAAGAAGAGAACAAGGAGGUUUCAAUACCACUCGAAGACUCUACUGUAUCUGAUAGUUUAGAACAAAUGAAAGCUGUAUAUAAUAACUUUCUCUCCAAUUCCUACUGGUCCAAUCUCAAUUUGAAUAUUCACCAGCCGAUUUCAGAAAAAAACAACGGUAGCAGCAGCAGUAGCAGCAGCAGCAGCAGUAGUUGUGGAAGUGGCAGCUUUGACUGGCACCAGACUGCUAUGGCUAAAACACUGCAGCAAGUUUCUCAGAGCAGAAUUCUUCCUGAACCGAGCCUUUUUAGUACAGUUCAAUUGUACAGACAAAGCAGUAAGCUUUAUGGCUCUAUAUUUACUGGAGCCAGUAAAUUCCGCUGUAAAGACUGCAGUGCUGCCUAUGAUACUUUAGUAGAAUUAACAGUGCACAUGAAUGAAACAGGACAUUAUCGAGAUGACAACCAUGAAACUGAUAACAAUAACCCUAAAAGAUGGUCCAAACCUCGUAAACGCUCAUUGCUUGAAAUGGAAGGGAAAGAAGAUGCCCAGAAAGUAUUAAAGUGUAUGUACUGUGGUCAUUCGUUUGAAUCUCUUCAGGAUUUGAGUGUUCAUAUGAUCAAAACAAAACACUACCAAAAAGUGCCUCUGAAGGAACCUGUUACACCUGUAGCAGCAAAAAUUAUCCCAGCUACUAGAAAGAAAGCAUCACUAGAGCUUGAACUUCCAAGUUCGCCAGAUUCCACAGGUGGGACACCAAAAGCAACAAUCUUGGAUACCAAUGAUGCACUUCAAAAGAAUUCCAAUCCCUACAUUACACCAAAUAAUCGCUAUGGUCACCAGAACGGUGCGAGCUAUGCCUGGCACUUUGAGGCAAGGAAAUCUCAAAUUCUGAAGUGCAUGGAAUGUGGAAGUUCGCAUGACACUCUGCAGGAACUCACUGCUCACAUGAUGGUGACGGGACAUUUUAUUAAAGUCACUAACUCUGCCAUGAAAAAAGGGAAGCCAAUUAUAGAAGCCCCAGCAACACCUACAAUAACGUCCUUAGUAGAUGAGAAAGUCCAGUCUGUGCCACUAGCUGCCACCACUUUUACAUCUCCUUCCAAUACGCCGUCUAGUGUUUCCCCUAAGUUAAAUGUUGAAAUAAAAAAAGAAGUAGAUAAAGAAAGAAACAUUGCUGAUGACAAAAUGAAGGACAAAGAAAAGUCAAGUGAAGAUGAGGAGAAAUACGAUAUUUCUUCAAAGUACCAUUACUUGACUGAAAAUGACCUAGAAGAAAGCCCUAAAGGGGGACUAGAUAUAUUGAAAUCUUUAGAAAACACAGUUACAUCAGCUAUAAAUAAAGCCCAGAAUGGCACACCAAGCUGGGGUGGCUACCCCAGCAUUCAUGCUGCCUAUCAGCUGCCAAAUAUGAUGAAGCUAUCAUUGGGUUCAUCUGGCAAGAGUACACCAUUAAAACCUAUGUUUGGAAACAAUGAACUAGUAUCACCAUCUAAAAACCAGCCUUUGGUGUCUCCGCCAAGCAGCCAGACCUCACCUGUGCCAAAAACAAACUUUCAUGCCAUGGAAGAAUUGGUAAAGAAAGUCACUGAGAAGGUGGCUAAAGUGGAGGAGAAAAUGAAAGAGCCUGAAGGAAAGCUUUCUCCAAUGAAGCGUGCAACACCUUCACCAUGCAGUAGUGAAGUCAGUGAACCCCUUAAAAUGGAUGCCUCCAAUGAUGGUGGCUUUAAAAGCCAGCAGAACAGCCCAGUCCCUCAGAGAGAUGGCUGCAAGGACAGUCCAACUGUAGAACCUGUGGAAAAUGGGAAAGAACCCGUUAAGUCAAUUGUAAGUUCUUUAAGUAGCAGCACAGCUAUCAUUACUGAUCACCCUCCUGAACAGCCAUUUGUAAAUCCAUUAAGUGCACUGCAGUCUGUCAUGAAUAUUCACCUUGGGAAGGCAGCAAAGCCAUCUUUGCCCGCUUUGGACCCAAUGAGCAUGCUUUUUAAAAUGAGCAAUAGUUUGGCAGAAAAGGCUGCAGUGGCCACCCCACCUCUACAGUCCAAAAAAACGGACCACUUAGACCGUUAUUUUUAUCAUGUCAACAAUGACCAACCCAUAGAUUUGACGAAAGGCAAGAGUGACAAAAGCUGCUCUUUGGGUUCAGCGCUUUUGUCAUCCACAUCGACAUCUUCUGCAUCUUCUUCAUCUACAGUGACAACAGCAAAGACAUCUGCAGUCGUGUCAUUCAUGUCAAACUCGCCGCUACGCGAGAAUGCCUUGUCAGAUAUAUCUGAUAUGCUGAAGAACCUGACAGAAAGUCACACAUCAAAAUCUUCCACACCUUCCAGCAUAUCUGAGAAAUCUGACAUUGAUGGUACCACAAUAGAGGAACCAGAAGAGAGUACACCAGCUCAGAAAAGGAAGGGACGUCAGUCUAACUGGAACCCUCAGCACUUGCUCAUCUUACAGGCCCAGUUUGCAGCUAGUUUACGGCAGACUUCAGAGGGUAAAUACAUCAUGUCAGACUUGAGCCCUCAAGAAAGAAUGCACAUUUCCAGGUUUACAGGACUUUCAAUGACCACAAUUAGCCACUGGCUAGCCAAUGUGAAAUACCAGCUCCGAAGGACGGGGGGAACUAAGUUCCUUAAAAAUUUGGACACUGGACAUCCAGUGUUCUUUUGUAAUGACUGCGCGUCACAGAUCAGAACUCCUUCAACUUAUAUCAGUCAUCUUGAAUCGCAUCUGGGUUUCAGGUUAAGAGACUUGUCCAAACUGUCCAGUGAACAGAUUAACAAUCAGAUAGCACAAGCAAAGUCACCAUCUGAAAAGCUGGUGACAUCCUCUCCAGAGGAAGAUAUCGGAACUUCUUACCAGUGCAAACUUUGUAACAGGACUUUUGCAAGCAAGCAUGCUGUUAAACUUCAUCUUAGUAAAACACAUGGGAAGUCACCAGAGGAUCAUCUUCUGUAUGUUUCAGAGUUAGAGAAGCAGUAGCAUUUGGUUUUGAUUAGAAUAACUGUAAUUUGCUUUGAGGAAAACUGUCAAAGACGCCUUAAAGCUACUGUUUAGUUCUUGGCACAUGUUCUUAUUUUAACUCCAGAGUCACUCUGGGCUGAACUGUUUUGUAUAACUGUACAGUGUUUAAAUAGAGGUGCAUAAUCAGCUGUUGUUACUGGUAAAAUAUGAAGGUUAAAAUGCAGUGGUAAGUGUUUGGAACUUUGUGUAAAUUGGAUUUAGUUGCUGUGCAUCCCUCUGAUGCAUCAAGCUGCAUGCAUUAACAGACAGUUUAAUUAAGCAUUUAUAACUAAUUCUGGUGCACUUUUUUCAUGUGACCUAAGUGUGCUGGUAUUUCUCACCCUAUAAUCUUUAGCCCUCUGAGUACUUUGAAGCACUUUUGCAUUAAUUUGGCAAAAAUGUAUGGAUAUGUUUGUUGUUGUUGUUGUUUUUAAUCUUUUUUUUAAAAAAAAAACACCUUACCAGCUUAGUUCUGAUUAUUAAUAUGAACCUCCAUUUAUGCAGAGGUGUCUCACACCUUAAAAUUUAAAAAUAUAAUUUUCACAUUGAAACAUGGGUGUAUAUAUUGUAUAGAUUUCAAAAUCUCUUAUGAAAAAUGUGAUUGUGGUUAAUGCCAUUUUCUUUUUCUUCAGCAUUUUUAGCAACAGUGUUUUUCGUACCUGGUAAGCCCCAGGUAUGAACUGUACUUAUAUAUAGUGUAUAUUUCAUUUUUUAGAUCUAACAGUUUUUCUUUUAACAUCCAAACAUUGUAAAUUAUAUGAUGAGAGAUACGGCAGAUAGCAUUUAUAAAGUAUUCAGAAACAUUAUUCUUAAAGCAAAGUAUGUUUUGUUUUGUUUUGCUAUGCAGUACAUCUAUAUUAAUAGAGGUUCAUGUUUAAAUUAUACAUAUUUAUUAGUGUUGCUAUCAUUUGUUUGUUUUUUUCUUUUUUUAAAAACCGUCUGAAGAAAUAGAAGCCACGGACUGCAUUCCUGGCACGCAUUAUAACUGUUUUGCACAACAUGACUUUUAAAGGUAUUUAUUAGUAAAAAAAUAAAAUAAAA